UAAUCACCUCCUCAAAUUAAAUCCUACGAAGCCAAACAGACAAACAAACAUGGCCUUCUUCUGCUUCUUCUCUUCCUCCUCUUUCCUCAUCUUCUUCUUGUUAUUCCUCCAUCCCUCUUCAGCCCAAAACGACGUCGUAUCUCCGACGCCGCCACCCCACUUCUCACCAUUCAGGCCAAGCAUAGCAGUAAUAGUCGGAAUCCUCACCACAGUCUUCUCCGUCACCUUCCUCCUCCUAAUCUACGCCAAACACUGCAAACCCUACAACCACCACCACCACCAAAACCAUGACACCAAUACGACGCCGUUUUCCUCUUCCUCCUUAAGAAAGAACUCCGGCAUCGACCGCUCCGUCGUCGAAUCCCUCCCGGUCUUCCGGUUCGGCUCCCUCCGCCGCCACCGCCACCGCCACCUCGACUGCGCCGUCUGCCUCUGCCGCUUCGAAAACUCCGAGGUCCUCCGCCUCCUCCCCAAAUGCAACCACGCCUUCCACGUCGAGUGCGUCGACACCUGGCUCGACGCCCACUCCACCUGCCCGCUCUGCCGCUUCCGGGUCGACCCGGAAGAUGUCCUCCUCACAACGCCGUUUUCGAAUCCGAAUACUCACAUGGACGACGCCGUUCCGGAGGACGUCGAAACGGGUUUCGCUUUCAGUAGCCGACGGGUUUCGGGUCGGCACUCGUCGGCGGGUGAGAGACGGGUUUUGUUACAGAUCGUGGAUACGGCGUCGUUUCGGAGCUCUUUGGAUAGCUGGUCGUGGAGAAAGAAGAGAGAGAGUAAUCAAAAUAAUCACAAUAAUAACAAUAGUCAAGAUUCAUCAGUGGCCGUCGGAUGCUUUGACCGGAAGGAGAGGAAGGACGGGCUGCUGUUGACUGAGAGGAGUACCAGAACUAGUACAAGUAUCACCACGAGUAGGUUGGAGCACCGGAUUAUUGUGUCUCCACCGGGGGUCCAGUACGAUCAGAGAUGGAGCGACGUGCAGCCGUCGGAUCUGCUGUAUCUACGGUCAGAAAUGAUUAUGAACGACAGCCGUAGAUACUCGUCGUACUCAUCAGCCUCGGGAUCCGAGGGGAAGUCAGUUGGGAUUCGAAACGACAAGGGCCGAAAACGACAAGAAGAGGAGAGUGUGGGUGAGGGAAGCAAUAGCAUUAAUGCUGAUAUUGAUGGUGGGAGUGGCAGAAGCAGGAGGAUAAUAAAUACGACGAGAAGCGUGUCGGAAAUCACGGGAAUCAACAGGUUUUCCGUCUCAAACGACAACAAUAGAUCAGCGGCAAACGACACUACUCAACGACGACGAGGUCUUCUAAGGAGAUGGCUGGCUUGGGUUUCUCAAUUAAAGCCACCACCACUAGAAAAUGACAAUAGCAACGACAUCAACCCCAAUAUUUUUUUAAAAAAAAAAAAAAAAAAAAAAAAAAAAAAAAACUCAUAUUAUUAUUAGCCCUUAGAAUUAUUGA